AUGGAGCAGCCUGGGGCGGCGGCGUCGGGAGCGGGAGGCGGCAGCGAGGAACCCGGUGGGGGCCGGAGCAACAAGCGGACCACAGGGAACCGGGCUGCCAACGAAGAGGAAACGAAAAACAAACCCAAAUUGAACAUUCAAAUAAAAACUUUGGCAGAUGAUGUGCGUGACCGAAUUACAAGUUUUAGAAAAUCUACUGUCAAAAAAGAAAAACCUCUUAUUCAACAUCCUAUUGAUUCUCAAGUUGCGAUGAGUGAAUUUCCAGCUGCUCAGCCAUUAUAUGAUGAACGAUCUUUGAAUUUGUCAGAAAAGGAAGUACUGGAUCUCUUUGAAAAAAUGAUGGAAGAUAUGAACCUUAAUGAAGAGAAAAAAGCUCCUUUGCGAAAUAAAGAUUUUACCACCAAACGUGAGAUGGUUGUCCAGUAUAUUUCUGCCACUGCAAAAUCUGGAGGGCUGAAAAACAGCAAACAUGAAUGUACCCUGUCUUCACAAGAAUAUGUUCAUGAAUUACGAUCUGGUAUUUCAGAUGAGAAACUUCUUAAUUGCCUAGAAUCCUUGAGGGUUUCUUUAACCAGCAAUCCUGUCAGCUGGGUUAACAACUUCGGCCAUGAAGGUCUUGGACUCUUACUGGAUGUGCUAGAAAAGCUUCUGGACAAGAAACAGCAAGAACAUAUUGACAAGAAGAAUCAGUAUAAACUUAUUCAGUGCCUCAAAGCAUUUAUGAAUAACAAGUUUGGUUUGCAAAGGAUUCUAGGAGAUGAAAGAAGUCUUUUACUAUUGGCAAGAGCAAUUGACCCCAAACAACCCAACAUGAUGACUGAAAUAGUAAAAAUACUUUCUGCUAUUUGCAUUGUUGGAGAAGAGAACAUUCUAGAUAAACUUUUAGGAGCUAUAACUACAGCAGCAGAAAGAAAUAACAGGGAACGGUUUUCACCAAUUGUGGAAGGAUUAGAAAAUCACGAAGCCUUGCAAUUACAGGUGGCCUGCAUGCAGUUUAUAAAUGCCCUUGUAACCUCUCCGUAUGAACUUGAUUUUCGAAUACAUUUAAGGAACGAAUUUCUCCGUUCAGGUCUAAAGACAAUGUUACCAGAUCUAAAAGAAAAAGAGAAUGAUGAGCUUGAUAUUCAGUUGAAAGUAUUUGAUGAGAACAAAGAGGACGACCUAACUGAAUUAUCACACCGUCUCAAUGACAUUCGAGCAGAAAUGGACGAUAUGAAUGAAGUGUACCAUCUUCUAUAUAAUAUGUUGAAGGACACUACUGCAGAAAAUUACUUUUUAUCCAUUCUACAGCAUUUUUUGCUCAUCAGAAAUGAUUAUUAUAUCAGGCCACAAUAUUACAAAAUAAUUGAGGAGUGUGUUUCACAGAUAGUGCUGCACUGCAGUGGUAUGGACCCAGACUUCAAGUAUAGGCAAAGAUUAGACAUUGAUUUCACGCAUCUGAUAGAUUCUUGUGUAAACAAAGCGAAAGUUGAAGAAAGUGAACAAAAAGCAGUGGAGUUUUCAAAGAAGUUUGAUGAAGAAUUCACAGCUCGACAGCAAGCUCAAGCUGAGCUUCAGAAAAGAGAAGAAAAAAUCAAAGAGCUUGAAACAGAAAUCCAGCAGCUUCGCACUCAGGGACAUGCACUGUCAGGUUCAUCAGGAAUUCCAGUCCCUCCUCUACCAUCUCCAUUGCCAGGUGUUGCGUCACCUACCCCACCACCUCCACCUCCACCACCACCUCCACCUCCACCACUUCUACAAGGAGGAAAUGCUCCUCCUCCUCCACCUCCUUUAUCUGGACUAAAUGGUGUACCACCACCACCACCUUUGUUUGGAGGACCUCCUCUACCACCACCUCUUGGAGGAGUUCCUCCUCCUAUAGGAGCACCACUUGAUCUGCCUUAUGGAAUGAAGGAGAAAAAAAUAUAUAAACCUGAAGUGUCCAUGAAGAGAAUCAAUUGGUCAAAGAUUGAGCCCAAAGAAUUAUCGGAGAACUGUUUCUGGUUAAAAGUUAAGGAAGAUAAAUUUGAAAAUCCCGAUCUCUUUGCAAAAUUGGCACUGAAUUUUGCCACCCAGAUAAAAGUUCAAAAGAAUGUAGAAGUUUCAGAAGAAAAGAAGAUCAUGCCUACAAAAAAGAAAGUGAAAGAAUUGAGAGUUUUAGACCCCAAAACAGCACAGAAUCUGUCUAUAUUCCUGGGAUCAUAUCGCAUGCCAUAUGAAGAUAUAAAAAACAUUAUUCUGGAGGUUAAUGAAGGCAUGCUGAGUGAGGCCUUAAUUCAGAACCUUGUAAAACAUCUUCCUGAGCAGAAGGUACUCAAUGAAUUAGCACAGCUUAAGAACGAAUAUGAUGACCUUUGUGAGCCUGAACAAUUUGGAGUUGUGAUGAGCUCAGUGAAAAUGUUGCAGCCUCGUCUCAAUAGCAUUCUUUUCAAGCUCACGUUUGAAGAGCACGUAAACAACAUCAAACCAAGCAUCAUAGCAGUAACUCUUGCCUGUGAAGAACUAAAGAAAAGUGAAAGCUUUAACAAACUUUUAGAGUUAGUUCUUUUGGUUGGAAACUACAUGAACUCAGGCUCAAGAAAUGCCCAAUCGUUGGGCUUUAAGAUCAAUUUCCUUUGUAAGAUUAGAGAUACUAAAUCAUCUGAUCAGAAAACAACCCUUUUGCAUUUUAUUGCUGAAAUUUGUGAGGAAAAAUACCGGGAUAUCUUGAAAUUCCCUGAAGAAUUGGAGCAUGUAGAGAGUGCAAGUAAAGUUUCAGAUCAAAUUCUCAAGAGCAACCUCACAGCAAUGGAAAAACAAAUCAUUCAUCUGGAACGUGACAUCAAGAAAUUCCCUCAAACAGAAAAUCAACAUGAUAAGUUUGUGGAAAAGAUGACAAGCUUUACAAAGGGUGCCAGAGACCAAUAUGACAAACUGUUCACCAUGUAUAACAACAUGAUGAAGCUCUAUGAGAAUCUUGGAGAAUAUUUCAUUUUUGACUCUAAGACAGUGAGCAUAGAAGAAUUUUUUGGUGAUCUCAGCAAUUUCCGAACUUUGUUUCUGGAAGCAGUGAAAGAAAACAAUAAGAGAAGGGAAAUGGAAGAGAAGACUAGGAGGGCCAAGCUUGCCAAAGAGAAGGCUGAGCAAGAGAAGUUGGAACGCCAGAAGAAAAAGAAACAACUCAUUGAUAUAAACAAAGAGGGUGAUGAGACUGGCGUGAUGGAUAAUCUUCUAGAAGCCCUACAAUCAGGUGCAGCAUUCCGAGACCGCAGAAAGCGGAUUCCAAGGAAUCCAGAUAAUAGACGGGUACCUUUGGAAAGGUCACGUUCUCGCCACAAUGGAGUUAUCUCAUCUAAGUGA